AUGUUUAAUCCUCAGAACCAGAGACAAACUCUAUUUAGUGAUGAUUCUACCAUCACAACGAACUCAAAUGUAAUCAGGUGCUAUGUUUUUCUACCUAUAAUUUGGAACGAUGAUUUCGACCCUAUAACUGGGGGUUUGCCUUAUUUACAAGGAUAUCGUCAAUAUUCAGAUGUUGUCCAAAGCUUAAUGUUUACCGAUGAUACUUGGUUGAGGCCUAAAUUUAGGGUGAUGGCUCCGGCGGUGGGAUCGAUUGCACGUAUGGUUAUGGGAGGUGGUUCAAGGCCAAAGUCAGGUGAAUAA